ACACGGUGUGUGGAGGAGGAGAGCAGGACUGAACUCUGCAGCAAGGAGAAGAUGCCAUGUGAAAGCUUCACAGAGAGGAACAAUAACAGCAGUGAUUCAACCAUGGAGUUCCUCCUGCUCGGCUUCUCCGAGCUGCUCUGUCUGAGGGUCCUCUUCUUCCUUAUCUUUCUCAUUGUCCAUUUGGCCACGUUGGUGGGGAAUGUGAUGAUCUUCAUGGCAGUCUCUAUGGAGCCUUCCCAUUCCCCUAUGCUUUCCUUCCUCUGUCAGCUCUCUCUCAUCGAGCUGUGCUACACCUUAGUUGUCGUCCCUAGGGCACUCCUGAGCCUGGUAGUGGUGGAGGGCAGCAGGAUUUCCUUCAUAGGCUGUGCCACACAGAUGCACCUCUUUGUGGCGCUCGGCGGGGCCGAAUGCUUCCUCCUGGCAGCCAUGUCCUAUGACCGCUACGUUGCCAUCUGCCAUCCGCUCCACUACCCGGCAGUGAUGCACGAGGGGCUUUGCCUGAGGCUGUCAGUGUCAUGCUGCCUGGGAGGCUUUGCUGUGGCCCUGGGGCUGACGGUGUCUGUUUUCCGCUUACCUUUCUGCCGGUCCCGUUGCAUCGACCACUUCUUCUGCGAUGUCCCCGCUGUGCUGCACCUGGCCUGCACACGCAGCUAUGCCCCUGAGCUGCCCUUGCUGGCUGCCUCUGUUCUCCUCCUGCUGCUCCCCUUCCUCCUAAUCCUGACCUCGUAUAUUUGCAUUGCCGCUGCUUUGUUGCACUUCACCUCUGCUGUGGGAAGGGGCAAGGCCUUUUCCACCUGCGUUUCACACCUAACCAUCACCUUGCUACACUAUGGAUGUGCCACCUUCAUCUACAUUCGCCCUAAGUCCAAUUACAGGCCAGCUCGGGACAAGAUGGUGUCACUGGUCUAUACCAACAUCACUCCGUUACUGUAUCCCCUCAUUUAUAGCCUGAGGAACAAGGAAAUCAGAGAAAUCCUCAGGAAAAUGAUGAUGAGGACAAAAGUUGCUGAAAUGAUCUGGGAUACAGUCAGGCCUGUGACAUGUGUGUGUGGUAAAUUGUACUAG